UUGUUCAUUUGCCAUUCGACCUGGGCCAGGGCCUGUCGGGACGGAAGCGCUGCCGAGCCGGAUCCAUUGUGGGGAGCCUGCGGCGGUACAGGCGAGACCCGGGGCCGGACUCGCCCCUUUGUCUCUCUUUGUUCCCUGGGCAGGCCGGGUCCCAGUUUCCCCGUCAGCGGGCAGAACAGUCGGUCGGUCGGGGAGCGGCGGUCGCGAGUCAGAGCGCGAGGCGGGGGGCGCGAGGCGGACGGGGGGCGCGCGCGCGCGCGCGCCAUGUUCGCGGAGAUGAACCGCAGGACGCUGGCGUUCCGGGCUGGCGGCCUGGUCACCGCGGCGGCCGCAGCAGCGGCCGGGGGAGCCGCCGGAGGCGGCUCCUCGAAUAAUAACAACGGGGGUAAUCCGGCCGAGGCCUGGGCCCGGCAAGACCCCGAGCAGCUGAAUGGGCGGGGGGCGGACGAGGAAGUGGAGCUGGAGGGGCUGGAGGCCGAGGAGCUGGAGGCCGCCGCCGAGGGGAAGGAGUUGCUGUUGUUGCCCCCGCCCCAGGACGCAGUCUCCCCUGCGGCCGCCAGCGGCCCUAUGUUCGCCGAGAGGAACCGCAGGACUCUGGCCUUUCGGGGGGGCGGCGGAGGGCUCCUCUCCGGCCCCUCCGUCGCUAACAAUGGCUGCGAGGCCCCUGCCUGGCCGCGGAGGCACUUCAAUGGGCGGGGGCCGGACGAGGAGCUGGAGUUGGAGGGUGCCGAAGGCCUGGAGCCCGAGGGCCUGCUGGAGGGCAAGGAGCUGGUCCAGGACGGGGGCUCCUUGAGCGACAGUAGUGACGACGAAGAGGACGGCGAGGGGGGCAGCCUGGGCGACGGCAGCGGCGCCGAGGGCGGCAGCUGUAGCAGCAGCAGGCGGUCUGGAGGCGAUGGGGGGGACGAGGCGGAGGGCAGCAGCGUGGGCGCGGGGGAGGGGGAGAGCAUCAAGCAUUUCCCGCUAGCGGCCAGGCCCAAGUCCCUGCUGCAGAAGCUGCACGUCUCCUUCCAGGGCUCCUGGCUUAAGGAGUUCCCAUGGCUGCACUACUGCCAGGAGACCGGCCUCAUGUCCUGCGCCUGGUGCACCGCCGCCGCCUCCGCCCCCACCGACAUCAGUAUGGCUGGCGGAGGCGGCGCAGGGGGGCACGACGAGCUCUGCAAGGGUACCCGCAACUACAAACGAGCCCUGCUUCUCAGACACCACCUCUCCGCCGAGCACCGCCUCAACGAACCGGUCACUGCAGAGCAGGAGUCAGAAAUACCGUCGGAAUUGACUAAUGAGGGGUACUGCGACUACAACAGUAGGCCAAACGAGAACUCUUAUUGCUAUCAGCUGCUGCAAGAACUAAAUGAACAGAGGAAGAAAGGCAUUCUUUGUGAUGUCAAUAUUGUGGUGAGUGGGAGGGUCUUCAGAGCUCAUAAGAACAUCCUGGUUGCCGGCAGCCGUUUCUUUAAGACUCUAUACUGCUUUACAAACAAAGAAAGCCGUAACCAAACCACUGUUACCUAUUUAGAUGUUGUUGCUGUUCAAGGUUUUUCUGUCAUAUUGGACUUCUUAUAUUCCGGUAACCUUGUCCUUACAAGCCAAAAUGCCAUUGAAGUGAUGUCAGUGGCCAGCUAUCUUCAAAUGACUGAGGUUGUCCAGUCCUGUCGCAAUUUCAUUAAAGAUGCCUUAAAUAUAAGCAUUAAAUCAGAAGCUCCAGAGGCUGUAGUGGUGGAUUAUAACAGAAGAUCUGUUAGUCGGGAUGGUCUGCCUUCAUCAAGGGAUCAGAAAGUUGCCAGUUUCUGGGCAACACGGAAUCUUACUAACUUGGCAAGCAGUAUAAAAACUGAAAAUGAUGGUUACUGUAUUGAUGAGGGCCAAAUAGAAAACUAUCAAAUGAAUGACUGUAGUUGGGUCCAGGACAGCUCACCUGAAAUGGCUGAAAAUGAAUCUCAAGGUGAAGGAAAAGUGUUUGUGUGGAAUGACAUGGCCUCACAGGGACAAUCAGUUCAAGAACCAGGAAAAGCAAGAAGGAAAAACCAAACUACAAAGAGAUUUAUUUAUAAUAUACCACCUAAUAAUGAAGAGAAUUUAGAAGAUUGCUCAGUGAUGCAGCCGUCAGUCCCAUAUCCAGAAGAUUUGCAGUUUAUUAAGGAAGAACCAGGUACUUCAAAUGACUUCAAGUAUGGAUUGUUGCCGGGUACUUCAAAUGACUUCAAGUAUGGACUGUUGCCGGGUACUUCAAAUGACUUCAAGUAUGGACUGUUGCCGGAAUCUUGGCCAAAAGAAGCUUGGGAAAAUGGUGAUUCAUCUGCUCUAAUCAUGAACAAACUGAAGUGUCCACACUGUAAUUAUGUAGCCAAAUACAGAAGAACACUAAAGAGACACUUGCUCAUUCAUACAGGGGUGAGAUCUUUUAGCUGUGACAUCUGUGGGAAGCUGUUUACUCGAAGAGAGCAUGUAAAAAGACAUUCCUUGGUGCAUAAAAAGGAUAAAAAGUACAAGUGUAUGGUGUGUAAGAAGAUCUUCAUGCUAGCAGCCAGUGUUGGAAUAAGACAUGGAUCUCGACGCUACGGAGUUUGUGUAGACUGUGCAGAUAAAUCUCAACCAGGAGGGCAAGAGGGAGUAGACCAGGUGCAGGACACAGACUUCCCUAGGGAUGAAGAGUAUGAGGAAAAUGAAGUCGGAGAAGUGGAUGAAGAGUUAGUUGAUGAUGUAGAAGAACAGAAUGACCAGUCUCGAUGGGAUGAAUCUGGGGAAGUCUGUAUGCCUUUAGAUGACUGAGGGUGUACUGCUUAAGGAUGCUACAGUUGGAUACUGUGGAUUGACAAUUUGAGUUCAUGAACUGAAGGCUUGCAAAAUAUGGUACAGGCUGGAUGGUAGUUAUGUUGCUGUGAAAACUGUAGGGUCAAAGCCUUAUAGCAAAAAAGGAUUAUUAAAUUUUUUAUGAUAUUUGCACAGGACUGUACAGCAUACAACCAUUUGGUUGAAUUAUACAGAGUCCUCACAUCUAGUCAGUUAUCAAAAGAAAAUGUAUUUUUUAUUAUUUAUAGGAUAUAGCUACUUGGGUCCUAUUCAGACAUGGUAACUGUACUUAUUAUGUUACACAUUCAUGUAUCCUUCAACAUGAAUGAAGAAAAUUACAAUCUUGUUAUGGAAAUACAUGACAGCUUCCCCAAAUCCAAUCAUAGUUUCAGCCAUAGUAGUGGCUCUUAUUUUCAAGAAUAGGGCUUUUCCACACCACUCUUGCCUCCCCCUUACCCUUAAUGGUCUAAACUCCUCAGUAACUUAAAUAUGCAGUAUAGGUAAUACCAACAUGCUAAUGAAAUUGACUUAUAUUGGUUGGCUUUAAGCCAGCCUGUGGUGUAGGUGACAAGCACUGGAGAAGAUAAUAUUGGCAUUAAUUUACUGACUUGAUUUCUUGACAAUUUUUGAAUUUGCAAGAAAGCUAUUUCUCUUUCAACAAAUGCAGAAUAAUCACACGAGGAAAAAUGAUUAAUACUGGGAGGAUUGUGAUUCAAAUAUGAGUAACUUUUUCCUUGCCACUUAGCAAAUUUUAGUGUAUUAAAUACUUUCUGGCAUUGCUGCCUGUUUUAGGUAUCUUUUUGUUGGCAGCAUUCCCUGUUGACCAUCUUUUUUUCCUCCAGUGUAUACCUCAGUCCAACACAAAGCUUAAAGAAUCCCCAAAAUGAAGAAAGUGUCAUAGAAAUAUUAUGACAUCUGACUUUGUUUGUUAAUUUACAAUAAAUGUCUGCUUUUGGCUAGUUUUGUUAUGCAGUAUGAAUUAGACACUAGGCUGUUGUGCCCAUUGUUAUUCAUUAAAAUGAACACACAUGAUCUAAUUUUUUUAUUCUUUUGUAUUUUUCUGGGGUGUUUCUAGUGUUUAAUGUUAAAUUAUGUUUAACUUGGCGGCUUAAUUUGAUGGAACAUUGUUAAAAAACAAAACCAAACCAAAAGCAAAGUGAUAUUCAUUUGAGUUCACCAUUUAGAAUGCUCCACUCCCAACAUUCUUUACUUCAGUUUUUGAGGAGGCAUUGAAACUUGAAUUUUUGUAGCCAUGGACUUUUUUUCUAAACUUGUGAUACUGUACCAAUGAUUUCAGGCCUCUUUCUGAGGGAGGGGAGGGUAUUGCACCUUUAGGUUAAACUCCUUCGCUUCAUCUAGCCUAAUGAAUUAGCUGAUCAUUGGACACUGCAUUUGAUGUAAUACUAUGUCACAAUGAAUAAAUAUGCACAGCAUUUAUCAUAACACAUAGCUAGGCCAGUGUGACUGUACUGUAUUAAAAAAAAAAUUGAGGGUCCCCAUAUUUUCAGCUUUUGUUUUAAUUUUAAAAUGAGUAUAUUUUCCUAUUUUAUAUCAGGUAACUAAAUUAUGCUAGUUGUGUGGAAAACUUUGAACUAUUGCUUUGACGGACAGAAUCUUAAUGGUGCUCCAUCUGAUCAAAGUUGGUAUGUAUUUAAAGAGACAAGCUUUACUGUUGUCCUUUUAUUUCAGUAGAACAGUGAUUUAAUGUUAGACAUUGUUUCUGCAGGAUGAAAGUGAGAUAAGUUGAACUACAGUUAUAUGGGUAUUAAAAUGCAUCUUUUUUUAUCAUCCAGUUGUUUCAUGGGUAGUUUCCACAGCACUAUAAACCUGACAGAUGACUAGCUUUUUGGUUUUUUUUUUUUUUUUAAACUGAAGAAUAUAUCUUAUUCUCAUUGUUCUAGACUGAAAUGUGUAAUUCUGGUGGGGUCCAAAGUAGAAAUUAGUUGGGCAAAGAUCCUAUGAAAAAGUAUUUUAAACAUUAAAAGUAAUGUUCUGCUUUGUGAAUAUGUAAGUAUAGCAUAAAGAUUUUUCCAUCCCAUUUAUCCCCUUUAAAACCAUAGUUUACAAUUGGUAGAUCUGUCUAUAUAUAUAUAAAAUAUGAAAUUCAUAAAAUAUGAAAUUCACCUAAAUCUGCUUUAUUAGAAUACAGCUCACUUAAUGCUUAGAAACUGGACCUGGCUUUACAUUCUUAAUGUAUUUUACUUUUUUCUCAAGGUAUGAACUUAUUCUCUUGAACCUGAAUCUUCUUUUACUACUUAAAUCAUUUAUGUAUAUCUGGUAAAUUAUGACCAAAUUUGUUGUUAGAUUGCAUACAGUAAAUUGAAAUAUACACUUGGUACACUA